CAGCAGUCCGUAUUUGACAAUGUUUUAAACCAGGCAUUUGUGUCAUUUGUCACUUGGAGACAAUAACAAGAGGCCAGUGUGAACACCGCCGUGACGUUUAUGCGUCUUAUUAAACGCCACCGCGUUGACGGGCUGCCUGCAAGUCCGCAUUCGGGGUUAAAGUACAUAAAGGACCUCAUUUCUGCUCAAGCAGCGUGUCGUCUAAAUGUCAACUUAAAUAAACAAUAAAAGCCGUUUUGGACGCGACCAGGAUAAGUUUGAACUUGACGGAAAAGAAUGGCAUCGGAAGUCAAGCGACCCAAGGAAGAUGAUGUUCCUCUGCAGAACUUCCUGCGUUGGUGCGACAGCGUCAGACUGGUACUCAGCAGCAAGGUCUACGUGAGCAAAGAGGGCUCGGUGGCAGACUAUGGGAUGUUUGCCAAGGACCACAUCGAGGAAGGCGAGGUCCUGUUCACCAUUCCCAGAUCGGCUCUUCUUCACCAAGGGACAACAAAAGUUUCCGCCCUGCUUGAGCGGGAGAAGGGGGCCCUAGAGAGCUCGUCAGGCUGGGUGCCCCUCCUCCUGGCGCUGAUGUAUGAAUACACCUCGCCUCAAUCUCACUGGAGACCUUAUCUGUCGCUCUGGACCGACUUCAAGACUCUGGAUCAUCCUAUGUUCUGGUCCAAAGAGGACCGAGAGAGUCUGCUGCGGGGGACCGGAGUUCCCGAGGCCGUGGAUGCAGACCUGACCAACAUCCAGAGGGAGUACGAGGACCUGGUCCUGCCCUUCAUGGCCAAGCAUGCGGACCUGUGGAGUCCUGACACGCACACUCUGGACUUGUACACGCAACUGGUGGCUUUUGUCAUGGCCUACAGUUUCCAAGACCCACAUGAAGAAGAGGACGAGGAAGAGGAGGUCUCCACUCCCCCCAUGAUGGUCCCCAUGGCCGACAUGCUCAACCACGUGUCCGACCACAACGCCAACUUGGAGUUCACGCCAGACACGUUGAAGAUGGUGAGCGUGCGCGACAUCGAGAAAGGCCAGGAGGUGUUCAACACGUACGGGGAGAUGGCCAACUGGCAGCUCCUGCACAUGUACGGCUUUACACAGCCGUAUCCUAGCAACAGCAGCGAGACGGCGGACAUCCCCGUCGCCAACUUGCACCACGUGGCCGCCACAGACCCCGACGUGGACCCGCAGCUGUCUAAAGACAAGUGGGAGAUGCUACGCGAGAUGACGCUGGAGAAAGGAGCGCUCGUUUUCGGCAAAGAUGGCUGCCUCACUGAUACGGAGCUCCACACCGUCCUGAAGGUGCUGUGCAUGUCCAAGGAGGAGCUCUCGGAGUUCAGAGACCACGACGGCUGGGAGGAGGAGGAGGACGAAGACGAGGAGGAGAGGAUGGCCCGGGCUUUCUCCAACAAGGGGCUGUGCGGGCUGAGGAGCGAGUGGAAGCGGCUCCUCCACGGCGCCGCCCGUCUGACCGUCAGGUCCUACGGCCAGGAGAGCGUGGACAGGGACCGGAGUCUGAUGGAGGACCCGGCCGCGCUGACGCCACUCAGCAGAAGGCAGAAGAACGCACUGCAGGUCCGCUACGGGCAGAAGAGCAUCUUGUACAAAGUGAUGGAGCUCACACAGACAUGAACCUGGGUUUGUUCCUCUGCAAACCUUGUAUUGGUCGUCAUGGUGACGCUGCAACAACAGCAGUUAGAAAAGAGGCUCUUUUCUGUACUUGCUAUAAAUAAGCUUUGACUUGAACAUUUCACAUCAUUUUCUACAUUUUUAAGCCAUUUUCUGUCAAAAUACAAAAUACGGUAUAUUCAUAACCUCAAUCACAUUCUUCUUCUUUAUCAGUCUCCAUCCAUUUUCUACCGCGUGUCCCUUUUGGGGUCGCUGGAGCCGCUCUCAGCUGCAUUCGGGCGGAAGGCGGGGUACGCCCAGGACAAGUCGCCACCUCAUCGCAGGGCCAACACAGACAGACAACAUUCACAGUCUCAAUUUACCAAAAUUAGUUUCAUGGCAUUCUUUCAGAGUAAGUAGUGUUAUGUUUCUGGCUCCAUCUAGUGGUUAAGAACGGUCAUUACACUUAAAAAAAUAUUUUCCUUGAAGGGACAUUCAGAUUCAUUCAGUAGUCAUUGGAAAAGCAUCAGAAAAUAUCGCAAUUAUAUUAGAGCAGGGGUAUCUAAAGUGCGGCCCACGGGUCAUUUUUUAACGACACCACGGCACAUUUUAAAAAUACCAUUGAAAAAAAUUUAAAAAGUGGUAUAAAAGAGCGAACAGGUGAAAUGUAACAAGAAAAUGUUGCAAUGCUUUAAUAACACAAAGCUGUUUCUUUCUUUAAAAAAUAAUAAUGAAUCAAAAUCAAUAUCAUUUUGAAUUAUUGACCUAUUCAAGGCUCUUAUUACGUCAUGUUAAAUUUUCCACUUUGAGAUAUUUUUUGGGGGAAAAUGUUGCGUAUUUUUUUGUUUUGCCAUGUAAAAAACUGAGCUGUUUUUUUUUUUUUU